UCCUCUUCGGACAUAUAAUUAACUCUGUUUUCUCAUUCAUCCUUCUGCAGUUGUGCCAUUACCAUCAACCUGUUCAACUUCCCUCGUUAAUAAUCUUCACCGCCGACCCAUCUUGGAUCUUGAUGCCCUGCUCCUCUUUCCGAUCCAAAAAUCCGAUCUUUACCACCGCAUCCCCAAACCCAAGAUUCGCACGCGGAAAUGCUCGCUCCUCAGUCCUCACCACAAUAAUCGUUAAAAUUUCGCAGGCAAAGUUGGAUAAAUGUUUGGGGCUGUCCAAUUGGGAGUAUUGGCGGCCUGCGUAGUUCUCUUCGUUCCGCUAGUCAUGGCGGGCUGGCACUUGAGCCGCAACAAGAUGCUCUUCUUUAGCUGCGCCCUAUUCAUCACCCUCUCCGUCGGUGUUCAUUUGGCCCCUUAUUUCCCUGCCAUCUCCUCUUUUCUCUCCUCUCCAGGUUUACAAUCCUCCUCCUCCUUAUCCUCAUAUUCAAAUCCAGAUUCCUGCAUUUCUUUACUUCAUCAAGUCGCAUUUAGUUCUAACUCUAGUGAUCUUUACGAUAAAUCUUGGGAGUGGAAGUGGGUGCAUUCUGAACCGUUGGAUCAGUGUGAAUUCCAGAAGUUGGGGAAAUCGGAUGCUUCGGAUUUGUUAAACGGGUCGUGGGUUGUGGUGGCUGGGGAUUCUGAGGCGAGGUUUGUGGCGGUUUCGCUGUUGGAGUUAUUACUUUGGCCAUAUGAAAUAGAAUUGAUUAGAGCUGAUUUGUUUAAGAGGCAUAGUGAUUAUAGCACUGUGGUGGGUAAAAUUGGGAUGAAGCUUGAUUUUAGAUGGGCACCCUAUGUGAGUAAUUUGACUAGUUUGAUGUUGGAGUUCAAGGAGAGAAAUAAUUACCCUGAUGUAUUGGUGAUGGGGUCAGGGCUCUGGGAUAUGCUACAUGUGAAUGAUGCAUCGGAUUACGGUGUUUCGCUGAAGUUGUUGAGGGAUUCGCUAGUUAUGUCGUUGCCCGUUUACCUGGAUUCUGUUUCCGAUGACAAGCCGAGAACAGGGAUGGUUUCUGCUCGUUCCCCGCAGUUGUUUUGGCUCGGGAUGCCAAUGCUGAUAAAUUCGAUGUUGAAUACGAAUGCAAAGCGGGAGAGGAUGACGGAUGCUCAUUGGCAAGCUUACAAUGACGAGCUCUACAGAAGUAAGCUGCUGCUACAAUUUGGUGGCCCCUUUUUCUUGUUGGAUUUUCAUACUCUCACUCAUAACUGCGGGGCUGAAUGCACUACGGAUGGUAUGCAUUACAACGGGAUUGUCUACGAAGCUGCAGUUCAGAUCAUGUUAAACGGGUUGCUUAUAGAAUCUAACCAGAAGUUAUGAUGGACGGCUGUUGUUGUUUCUCCUCUAUACUUGCGAGAGAGAAAGAGGGCACUUGCGAGCCAGAAAAGCUUGCAUCAAUUCCGGUUAGGCCUUGCGUCCAUCAGAAACUGUUAAUUCAAUAGCAAAGUUUUUGUGAUAAUAGUUUACACUGAAGUUUGUGGCCGCUCAUUUCUCUAUCGUGUACAAGUGUAUUAGGUAUAGUUUAAUAUCAACUCACACGCCUGUAUUGUAGAGCAAGAAAAGUCGACUACUCGAAUCAUUUCUUUCAUCCAAUCUUGAUGUGAGCAUAUAUAUCAUUUGAUACAGUGUAAUGUGCAUGGGGUCUCACUUUACCUUUCUCUGUAUGUAGGACUUUGAAUGAAAGAUUAUAUAGCAUUCUUUAAUGUUACUCCAAAUUUUGUACUUUUAAAAUCAAUAAAAUUUCUUUUGCUUCUCA